AUGCGUCAGGCCGGAGAAGUUACUUAUGCUGAUGCUCACAAGAAACAUAAGAAUGAAGGGGUCAUUGAGUUUGCAACAGCCUCUGAUUUGAGGAAUGCCAUAGAGAAAUUAGACGGAACUGAAAUAAACGGCCGCAAAAUCCGACUGAUAGAGGAUAAACCAAGAAGACACAGCCGCUCAAGAAGCCGAUCCAGAUCCAGAAGUCACAGACGCAGUCGAUCUCGCAGCGCCAGUAUUUCCAGAAGCCGAAGCCAUAGCCGAUCUCGUAGUGAAAGCAAGGACAAAAAAUCAAAAUCAAAAAGUCGCAGUCGAUCAGCAAGUCCAGUCAUAAAGUCAGAAUCACAUUCACGCUCCCAUUCUCGAUCCAGGUCAAGAUCGGAGGACAGAGAAAAUGGCAAUCCAGAUGGUCGCGAUGAUGAAUAA